CACUUAUUCACUCCCGUAAUUGAAUAAUACAAAUUUAUCCGAAAUGGCUUCAAUCGCUGAGAUUGAAAGCGUGGAGGAGAUUUUGAACGGCCACCUACCCGAGGCUGAAAGGGAGGCCGUCAGGAAGAUUUUGUAUGGGAAAGAGACAAAGCCAUUGACCAUACCGCAGGCUGCUAUUUCCUUGGCUGAGAAAGAAGACUUUGAAAUUAAAGGCUAUGCCUUUGCUGCAGCUCAGGAGCAACUUCGAUCACCUAGGAUUGUAAGAGUAGGACUCAUUCAAAAUAAAAUUGUUGUCCCAACUGAUCGACCAAUCAAAGAACAGAGGGACGCCUUACACCAGCGUAUUUCAACAAUUGUGAAAGCUGCUGCUGAUGCUCAUGUUAACAUCAUAUGUUUCCAAGAAGCAUGGACUAUGCCAUUUGCAUUUUGUACAAGAGAAAAAAAGCCAUGGUGUGAAUUUGCUGAAGCUGCAGAGGAUGGACCAACAACAGAACUUGUUAAAGAUCUCAGCAAACAGUUCAACAUGGUUAUCAUUUCCCCGAUUUUGGAAAGAGACAGUCUUCAUGGAGAUACCAUUUGGAAUACAGCUGUAGUUGUCAGUCGAGGAAGGUAUUUGGGAAAGCAUAGGAAGAAUCAUAUCCCUAGAGUUGGGGAUUUCAAUGAGAGUUCAUACUACUUUGAAGGAAAUACUGGCCAUCCUGUAUUCCAGACGGAGUUUGGAAAAAUUGCUAUAAACAUAUGUUAUGGACGUCAUCACCCUUUAAAUUGGUUUAUGUUUGGUGCAAAUGGGGCUGAGAUUGUUUUCAAUCCUUCAGCAACUGUCGGAGAGCUUAGUGAACCACUCUGGGGCAUUGAAGCACGCAAUGCAGCUAUUGCAAACAGUUACUUUACAUGUGCCAUCAACAGAGUAGGCACUGAAAGAUUCCCAAAUGAGUUCACCUCUGGUAAUGGGCAACCGGCUCAUAAAGAUUUUGGACACUUUUAUGGCUCCAGUUAUGUUGCAGCUCCUGAUGGAUCUCGCACACCUGGUUUGUCAAGAACAAGAGAUGGGCUGCUGAUUGUCGAGAUGGACCUAAACCUGUGCCGUCAAGUUCGUGACGUUUGGGGUUUCAAGAUGACUCAAAGACUAGACAUGUAUGCUACCAGCAUUGCAGCUGCAGCUGAACCAAACUAUGAACCAAACAUCAUCAGCUGAAUGCAUGUGGGGUAUUUCAACAGUACGCAGCUUUAAUAUAAAGCUAAGUUAAUAACAAUGAUUUUAUCUAGCUAACCAACUGUAAUAUUACUUCAAUAUAUAUGUCUUUUACUGUGCCUUAGUAAGUGUAACACAUUGAAAGAAAAUUAAUAUAUAAAAUAAGGACUAAUGAAAGAACUAUGUUUUAUAUGUGGAUUUUUCCAUGGCCACUAAUCAAUAUGAACUAACUUCACAAAAACUAUGACUGAUUCAUGAGAAUUAAAAGAAAUAAAAAAUAUCACAGCAAAUAA